CCAGAUUAGGAAUCCGGACGAUGUCCCUAUGUCUGAGUAUACCAAGUUAAGACCUGUGGAGUUUGAUGGGACAGCUGGAGACCCUCUGGACUUUUUGGAUGAGGUUGAAAAGAGGGCGUCUGAUUUGCACUGUUCUGACAGGAGGACCAUCGAGAUGGCCGGGUUUUCCUUGAAGGGAAUAGCAUCCCAGUGGUUCAGAGAUUAUAUCCGCCCCUUUCUGGAUGGGUUGUCGUGGAGGCAAUUCAGAGACAGAUUCGAAGAGUACUUCAUCCCUUUCAGUGUAAGGCAGGAGUAUAGAGAGAGGUUUGAAAGGUUAGUUAAGGGAGAAUCAUCUGUGGCUGAAUACACCAGGCAAUUUGUUCAGCUGAGUAGGUAUGCACCUUAUGCUGUGGGGACUGAGGAGCAGAAGAACAGCAAAUACAUUUCAGGGCUCGGCCCAGAGUUUGUUUCCUUGGUUCAAUCUAGGAGGAGUAGCUUCCUAGAAGUUACUGACAUGGCGAGGCAGAUGGAGAUGACGCUACGAGGGUUUAGUCAAGGGACUGACGAUUGUAGGAAGAAGAAAACCAGGGUUGUGGGUCACCCAGGCGCAACUCGUGGCCGACUAUGGUAG